AAAGUCGAUAAACAUCCGCAAGACAGGGGAAUAAAUAGUACCGAACUUUAAUAUGUAUUCCAAUAAAAUUGUAGGACCGCGUCGAGGAAGAUCUUUCGACUCCAUGAACAUCGGGAAUGAAGAAAAGCUACUGAACAAUGAGAUGAACAAAUCAACCUUCACAAAGAUUGAAGAAUGCAGAACAGAGAAAAAGAACGCGCCGUCAGACGGCCGAGCAGCGAUUGUCUUCUCACUCAAGAAUGAAGUCGGAGGACUAGUGAAGGCGCUGAAACUUUUCCAGGAAAACCACGUCAAUCUUGUCCACAUAGAAUCCAGAAAAUCGAGAAGGCGUAACUCUGAAUUUGAGAUCUUCGUGGACUGUGACAGCGAUCACGAGCAGCUCAACGAGAUCAUUCAGCUGCUACGUAAGCACGUUAACGUAGUGGACAUCAACCCUCCUGAUAACUCCUGUUUACCUGAAGAAGAUGUAGAAAAUGUCCCCUGGUUCCCCAAGAAGAUCUCAGAUCUGGACAAGUGUGCCAACCGGGUUCUAAUGUACGGAUCAGACUUAUAUGCUGACCAUCCGGGCUUCAAGGACAACGUCUACAGAAGGAGGAGGAAGCAUUUCGCUGAUCUCGCCAUGAACUACAGACAUGGGGAUCCUAUCCCUCGUAUAGAGUUUACAGAGGAGGAGUUGGCGACGUGGGCGGUGGUGUACCGGGAGCUCAACAAGCUGUACCCUACCCACGCCUGUAGAGAGUACCUGAAGAAUCUGCCUCUACUGGCCAAACACUGUGAAUGUAGAGAGGAUAACAUACCCCAGCUAGAGGACGUAUCACGCUUCCUUAGAGAGCGGACAGGCUUUACCAUCAGGCCUGUGGCAGGUUACCUCUCCCCCAGAGACUUCCUGGCUGGUCUGGCCUUCCGUGUGUUCCACUGUACCCAGUAUGUCCGCCACGGCUCCGACCCCCUCUACACACCAGAGCCAGACACAUGCCAUGAAUUGCUGGGUCACGUCCCGUUGCUGGCUGAGCCCAGCUUCGCCCAGUUCUCCCAGGAGAUAGGCCUGGCUUCCCUCGGAGCUUCAGAUGAAUCCAUACAGACCCUGGCCACUUGUUAUUUCUUCACGGUGGAGUUCGGCCUGUGUAAACAGGAGGGGACUCUAACAUGGCACAUUCCAGAUGUUUUGUUCUUCCUGAACCCCCCCCCCCCCCCUUCCCCCCUCCAGCAUGCUCUGUCUGGUAACGCCGUCAUCAAGCCCUUUGACCCCAAGGUCACAUGUAAACAAGAGUGCAUCAUCACCACAUUUCAGGACGUCUACUUUGUGUCCGACAGCUUUGAGGAGGCCAAAGUCAAGAUGAGGGAGUUUGCCAAGACCAUCAAGCGUCCGUUCACGGUGCGAUAUAACCCCUACACCCAGAGUGUGGACGUUCUGAAGGACACUCCCAGCAUUAACAGCGUGGUGGAGGAGCUGAGACACGACCUGGACAUCGUGGGCGACGCCCUCAGCCGGCUUAACAAACACCUGGGGGUCUGAGUGACAACCUGAAGCACUACGAGUCGCAUACUGCCUUCUAAAUGACACCCUGUUGCCUACAUGUGGGCCCUCCCUGGUCUAGUGGUGCACUGUUUAGGGAAUAGGGUGCCAUUUGGGACAGAAGGCCUAGGUCCUCUGACGACCUCGACACUCCUGGUUCUCCUGUCCAACUAUUAUCCGUCAGAUCUGUUUGUGCUGUCUGGCCAACUUCCGUGGUCAUUUUCACACCAGACAAUGACAUCGGAGACGGUAACUGGCAAGACGGCUCCAACAGGAGAAAUCUGCCCCCCCCCCCCCCCCCCAAGCCAUAUCCCUGACACACACCUCACUAUUGUGACGUCUCUUAUGGAAAUAAAUACUCUGCUGGUGAUCCACCUCUAAUUUACUCCCAGCCUAUGACUUCCCCUUAUCUUCCUCAUUCAAUGCAUCCAAAGAUAUGGUACCUUACUAAUAACGUACACUAUGGUGUCCAAUAUAUUCCUCCAAUUGUUGUGUGUAAGGUUGUUUGCUGGGAUGAAUUUAAUGCUGUAAUUUAUAAUAUUACUAUUCAAAAGUGUGAAUGUAUUCAAGGAUGAUUUUUGACAGAAAUGGUUCACAUUAUCCAUUUCUAAAUCAUCAAAAUAUUUAGCUUUCUCGUUAUCCACUUCUAAUUCAUAAAAAAAAAAAAAUGUAACUGUAGUACUUAAACUCAUGUAAACUUUAAAUAUCAUUAUUUUUCUACUGUAAAUAAAUGUAAACUGAUUAUGUACAAGUCGUGAAAAAAAAAGUGCUGUAUCUCUUAUGUCUGGGUAAUGUAUUUCUUUGACAUUUCAACAA